AUGGAGACUGAUUGCAAUCCUAUGGAGUUGCCCAAUAAUACGGGUUUUGAAGAGGACUCUGAUUCUAGAGACUUCGAAGGAACAGAUGUGAAAGAUAUGAGACUAGAAGCUGAAGCUGUUGUGAAUGAUGUUCUGUUCGCUGUCAGCAACAUGUUUGUCUCAAAAACCCUUCCCUGCGCGGAGGACGUAGCAUAUAUCAAUGUGGAAACAAGGGAAAGGAACAGAUACUGCCUGGAGCUCACUGAAGCAGGACUCAGGGUAGUAGCUUACGAUUUUGAUCAGACUGAUGACAGACUGCAAACUCCGUACCAUGAAACUGUCUACUCCUUAUUGGACUCCCUCAGCCCUGCAUAUCGAGAGGUGUUUGGAAAUGCAUUACUACAAAGGCUAGAAGCUUUGAAAAGAGAUAGUCAGUCAUGA